AUGUGCGAAGCCGACCUCGUGAUCGUGGGCGCAACACCCGCCGGGAUUACAGCUGCCAUUGCGGCGGCUCGUCGCUCCAAGACCAGCAUCAUCCUGGAGAGAACGCCCUACAUCGGCGGGCUGCCAGCGAACGGUCUGGGUGCCACUGACAUUGCCACAAGAGGAGCCACGGGCGGGCUCUUUCUGGAGUUUGUGCGCCGGAUCAAAACGUACUAUAAUUCGACAUACGGGGCUGACUCAGCUCAAACGCGCGACUGCGAUGGCGGAUACCACUUCGAGCCGUCUGUCGCAGAAAUUGUGUUCCAUCAAUGGCUCCUAGAGUAUCCGCAGAUCACGGUCUUGACCAAGCGACAAUUUGACUUCGAGCCAGAGAAUGUCCAACAGAAUGCGGAAGCAAUUGUGUCCCUCCAGGUGACUAAUCUCGAUACCAAGCAGACGGAAACGUAUCGUGGUCGGAUGUUCCUGGACGCAACGUACGAGGGCGAUCUUAUUGCCGCCGCUGGAGUUCCAUUCUUCGUUGGUCGAGAGGGACAGGAUGUCUACCAUGAAAUCGGCGCAGGCAGGGUGUACAAGCUGUGGUACGGACCUGAAGACGUUGGGAGCACCCACUGCGGCGACAACGCCGUGCAGGCGUACAACUACCGGCUGUGCAUGACUGACGAUCCGUGCAACCGUGUUGACAUCAAAAAGCCGGAGCACUACAAUCGAGAAGAGUUUGUGUCGCUCAUCGACGAUGUCGCCACUGGUCGACAUACCGGUGUAGAUGUUCUCGAACUCUCACAAGAGCAAAUGGCGUUGAACUUGAAGCGAGCCUCGCUGAACCAGCCACCGGUCCCGAACAAGCUGGAUGGCAUCCGGCGUUUGCUAAGCAACGUUCGACUACCUAACAACAAGGUCGAUGGCAAUAAUCAGCAUUUUGCCUUCAUUUCCACAGACUUGCCCGAGGAGAACUGGCCUUACCCAACCUCGGGUUGGGCAUGGCGCGAUGCGUUUGCAAGACGGUUGCGCGAGUACACAGAGGGGUUAUUGUACUUUGCGCAGAACGAUUCGGCGCUGCCAGCGUGGUUCCGUGACCAGUGUCGAAAUUGGGGCUGGGCAGCCGACGAGUAUCGAGACAACGGUAACUUUCCGCGCCAGAUGUACGUGCGGGAAGGACGGCGCAUGAGAGGGAAGUACAUCUUCACGGCGAAUGACGUGCCUGCCGCCGGAUCGGUGUAUUCUAAUGGUGAGGACGCCAACGGGAGAAAAGAAGGCAGAACGGACGGUAGCAGGCGACUGUGUCCGGCUAUCCACAGCACCAGCGUCACGGCAAGCCACUAUGCCUUGGACUCGCAUGCCGUACGCAAGCGAGAGCCCGGCAGAGUCCAUCUCGACGGGUUCUUUAGCUAUCCCUGCACGCCGUACACCAUCCCUUACGGGGUGAUGGUUCCAGACGCGCCUUUGACCAAUCUUCUCGCGCCAGUCCCGGUGUCUGCUACACACGUUGGCUUCUCCACUGUCCGUAUGGAACCAUGUUGGAUGGCACUCGGCCAGGCGGCGGGGUUGGCGGCUGCAUUGUGCAUUGAAGCUGGCCUGGCUGUCGAGGAUGUUGACAUUGAUCAGCUACAGCAAAGACUGCUGGAACAAGGAGCCGUGCUGGUGUAUGAGCACAGACCAUGGCAGAAAGGUGUCGGGGAUGUUGAAAGAAGGACGAUGCAAUGGGAUCGUCUUCGCAUGGCUAAGCAAAGCGACAAGACAGUCAGUAAUGGCGUGGGUGAUAGACUAUAG